CACAUGUGUGCACAGCAGAAUUCUAGCGAUAGGAACAAAAACUCAGAAGUAAGAGCCGACGUCUGCCCAGGAGAGGAGAGCACACCGGGGCAGUGGGUCUGGGUGAGAAGACAAACAGUUGAGAAGGAGUGUGUAAGAAAGAAGAGAGGAGUGACAGCUGUUGGACGGAGGAAGAGAGAGGAGCAGCUGAACAGAGAGGGAGGGAGAGGGAGGAGAAAGGAGAAAGAGAUAAGAGUGCGGCAAACAGGAGACAUUGAGAGGAAGCACAUGGUGUAGAAAUGCCCACCAACUUCACUGUGGUCCCAGUGAGGGACGGCGCCAGAAAGGCAAAAGAGGGUGACGAAGAGGAUGAUGUGGAUGACAACAACGUGGUGAAAGAGGAAGGGGAAGGCGCCACAGGUGAUGGCGUCCCCAAGGAAAACAGUCCCUUUAUCAACAACACAGACAAUGACAAAACCAACAGCUACGAUGGCACCAACAUGGCCCUGUUUGAGGAGGAGAUGGACAGCAACCCCAUGGUGUCGUCUCUCCUCAAUAAACUGGCAAACUACACCAACCUCACCCAGGGGGCCCAGGAGCACGAGGAGGCCGAUGAUGACGAGGGGCCCAAGAAGAAGGCUGUUAAGAGCCCUCAGAUGGGGACCUUCAUGGGCGUCUACCUCCCCUGCCUCCAGAAUAUUCUGGGGGUCAUCCUGUUUCUGCGUCUUACGUGGAUUGUCGGCACCGCCGGCAUCUUGGAGUCCCUUGCUAUUGUCUGCCUGUGCUGCUCUUGUACCAUGCUGACCGCCAUAUCCAUGAGUGCAAUCGCUACCAAUGGUGUUGUGCCAGCUGGAGGCUCCUACUACAUGAUUUCCAGGUCUCUGGGCCCAGAGUUUGGUGGAGCUGUCGGUCUCUGUUUCUACCUGGGCACAACCUUCGCUGGCUCCAUGUACAUCCUUGGUACUAUAGAGAUUCUGCUGACCUACAUUGUGCCUAAAGCAGCCAUCUUCGUGGCAGAGAAAAAAGAGGAUGAGGUGGAUGCCCUGCUGAAUAACAUGCGUGUUUACGGCUCGUGCUGCCUAGCGCUGAUGGCUGUGGUUGUCUUUGUCGGGGUGAAAUACGUCAACAAGCUUGCGUUGGUCUUCCUGGCCUGUGUCAUUCUCUCCAUCCUCGCCAUCUAUGCUGGAGUUAUCAAGUCCAUCUUUGAGCCUCCGGACUUCCCCGUUUGCAUGUUGGGGAAUCGCACCCUGCAGAACCACAACUUCGACCGUUGUCUGAAGACAGAAGUGAUAGACAACAUAACGGUCACCACCAAGCUGUGGAAGCUGUUCUGUGAGACAGACGGGCUCAACGCCACCUGCAACGAAUAUUUCAACAACAACAACGUGACCGAGGUGCAGGGGAUCCCCGGGCUGACCAGCGGAGUCAUUUCAGAAAACAUGUGGUCAGUGUACGGCCCUCUGGGUAUGAUGGUGGAAGACAAGAAGAUGUCAUCUUUCGGGGGGAGUGACCCUGCCCAGGACGUCUACAUGCCCUACGUGGUCAAUGACAUCACCGCCUUUUUCACACUCCUGGUCGGCAUCUACUUCCCGUCUGUCACUGGUAUCAUGGCUGGUUCAAACCGGUCAGGUGACUUGCGGGACGCCCAGAAGUCCAUCCCAAUCGGGACCAUCCUGGCUAUCGCUACCACUUCCUUCAUCUACGUCAGCUGUGUUGUUCUAUUCGGCGCCUGCAUUGAGGGAGUUCUCCUUCGAGACAAAUUUGGUGACGCAGUGAAAGGGAACCUCGUCAUAGGCACACUAUCAUGGCCCUCGCCUUGGGUUAUUGUGAUUGGCUCCUUCUUCUCCUGCUGUGGGGCGGGGCUGCAGAGCUUGACUGGUGCCCCUCGCUUGCUGCAGGCCAUCGCACGAGACGGCAUUGUGCCUUUCUUGCAGGUGUUCGGUCAUGGGAAAGCUAACGGGGAACCUACCUGGGCUCUGCUGCUGACUGCUGGGAUCUGCGAGAUCGGUAUCCUCAUCGCCUCCCUGGACGCCGUGGCUCCUAUCCUCUCCAUGUUCUUCCUCAUGUGCUACUUGUUUGUCAACCUGGCAUGUGCAGUUCAGACCCUGCUGCGGACACCUAACUGGAGACCACGCUUCAAAUACUACCACUGGGCUCUGUCCUUCCUGGGAAUGAGCUUGUGUCUCGCUCUCAUGUUCAUCUGCUCCUGGUAUUACGCCAUCGUGGCCAUGGGCAUCGCUUCCUGCAUCUACAAAUACAUUGAAUACAGAGGGGCAGAGAAGGAGUGGGGAGACGGCAUCCGUGGCCUGUCUCUAAAUGCAGCACGCUACGCCCUCAUUCGCCUUGAGGAGGCCCCACCACACACUAAGAACUGGAGGCCUCAGUUGCUGGUGCUGCUGAACGUUGACUCGGACCAAGGAGUCAAACACCCUCGUCUGCUGUCCCUCACCACUCAGCUGAAGGCGGGGAAAGGCCUCACGAUAGUGGGGAAUGUUUUAGAGGGAACCUAUCUCACCAAAGACUCAGAGGCCAGGUGUGCUGAGCAGAACAUCAAGUCCGCCAUGUCAGCAGAGCGGACGAAGGGUUUCUGCCACGUCGUGGUGUCCUCAAACCUCCGAGACGGCAUGUCCCACCUCAUCCAGUCCGCGGGGCUGGGAGGCAUGAAGCACAACACAGUCCUAAUGGCCUGGCCCGGGACCUGGAGGCAGUCCAAUGACCCGCAGUCAUGGAAGAACUUCAUAGAGACGGUGCGGGAGACCACAGCGGCCCAUCAGGCCCUGCUCGUGGCUAAGAAUGUGGACAGUUUCCCCACCAACCAGGACCGCCUGGGGGAGGGCACCAUCGACGUGUGGUGGGUGGUGCACGAUGGAGGCAUGCUGAUGCUGCUGCCAUUCCUGCUGCGACAGCACAAGGUGUGGAGGAAGUGUAAGAUGCGCAUCUUCACCGUGGCCCAGAUGGACGACAACAGCAUCCAAAUGAAGAAGGAUCUCCAGAUGUUCCUUUACCACCUGCGACUGGAUGCAGAGGUGGAAGUAGUGGAGAUGCAUGAUAACGACAUCUCGGCCUUCACCUAUGAGAAGACGCUGGUGAUGGAGCAGAGGUCUCAGAUGCUGAAACAGAUGCAUCUUUCCAGGACUGAGAGGGAGAGAGAGGCCCAGCUCAUCCAUGACAGAAACACGGCGUCUCACGCCACGAUAAAUGACAAGGCCGACACCGGGCCCGAUCGGGUCCACAUGACUUGGACCAAGGACAAGCUCUUCUCGGAGCGUAAUCGCAACCGAGAGUGCAACGCCAACGUGGCUGUGCGCGACCUGUUCAACAUGAAGCCAGAGUGGGAGAGUCUGAACCAGUCAAAUGUCCGUCGGAUGCACACAGCUGUCAAGCUGAAUGAAGUGGUGGUCAACAAGUCGCAGGGAGCUCACCUGGUGCUGCUCAAUAUGCCCGGACCACCGAGGAACAGAGGCGGAGAUGAAAACUACAUGGAGUUCCUGGAGGUUCUCCUCGAGGGUCUGAACCGGGUCCUCCUGGUGCGAGGCGGCGGCCGUGAAGUCAUCACCAUCUACUCUUAAAUAAAAAAAACUCUUACGCCCCACCCUGCAUACAUGGGCUGUUCCCAUGGAUACCGGUCACCGGGCAUUUUCGGGGGGAAGAAGCCUAAUUUGGUUUUUGUGAAGGGCGGGGGUUGUUGGAAGGCGGGACCACUUGUGAUUGACAGAUGGUUUGAAGGACCUCAGGACGAAGGAAACGGCGUUGAAUCAGUCGACUGGCCGAGAGAGCGAGCACAGUGUGCGUCCACGCCGGGCCACUGCACCCCUGCACGUGGAAGAUAGAGCAUAGAGACACUUUAUAUUGUUCAUUUAACUCUGAAAACGUCGUUAUGUUCUGUUACAUUUUCAUAUUCUUUCCCUCUUGUGUUGAUGUUGUCGAGUUACUGGCGCUCACUGUGUAAAGAUAAGCAAAGAAUGUGUGCUGUCGAUAUGAACCUCGUAGUCUUUCAUGUUGCACUCUGGGUGCAGAGACGUUUGCUGGACCUGAGCUGACAACAACACAUACUGGACUUUCAAUAUUAGAUACAGUUUGGUGAUCUGUGCGGUCUGCGUCACCAUUCGUGAUAAUGUUUUCGUUUAAGAUCACUUUAAAGAAGCUGCUUUCAGUCUGAGAGAGCAAGCAGCGUGUUUAGAAGCUUUCUGAUUAGGUUGUAGAGUUGUUACUGUCGCAGAACAAGGGUCACGUGUGUAACUGAAGGUCCUCUCUAAAGCAGCAUGUAGUUGUAGUGUUCGUGGUCGUUCGCCUCGUCAAUGAUUUACUGACGGACUGGCUGAGAGGAUGUGCUCACUACAUGUUGGAUAGGAGCAUUUCAGCUGGAUCAUUGCUCACCAUCUCCCACACUCUAAUAACACUAUCAUUUUAAUAGGGAAAAUAGCCAUAUUCUGUAUUUUAGGACCCUUUGUAAGCUUUAUAGGAUGACAUAUGAAAUGCACAUGUAUACAUAUUUAUGCUGACUGAAGUAGUGCUCCGUUUAGAGUACCUAUAGAUUCUUUUUUUAAAUCCAAGGGCUGUUUGACAGCAUGCAGUAGAUUAAUGAGAAAGUAGAUCGGCUGAAUUUUUAAUCUGCCAUCGGAGCUGUUGGCAUUUAACAAAGUGUACAAAUGUGAAUCCGUGUAAUUCUUCCCGUGUAGACGUAGUGACAGCACUGUUGACUUUGCACUUAAUUCAAUGUGGACUCUCACCCGGUUCUAUCGCCUACAGUGACGCUUUCCUCCGGUCAAUACGUCGUGACAUUCUUCGUACGUUGAAGUGGAGCGAGAUACUGAUAAAUGAGCUUACGAGGUUGCACACAGCAAGUUAUUCCAUGCUAUUUAAUACUCAUGUUUCAAUGUUGUUUUUAUAAUAUUUUACCAAACUCUUCAGGCUUCGAGUCCCAGACUGAGUAGAAUAAUGUGUAGGAGAAAAAGUGCCAAAAUGACUACAAAAGAAACUGUGGAAGUAUUACUGAUGCGUCGUAGAGCGCGGCCGCACUGUCGCCACCGCUUUUUGUUGACGAUCUUUAAAAAGUAAAAGCACAUUUUUUUUAUUUUUUGAAAUUCUGCUUAUCGAUACCUGAGCAAAUGCAACUAAUAGUGCAAUGUCCGGGGCAUUUCAAACCAUCUCACGUGGACUGAAGAGAUUUUCGUCGAGCCCUUUUGUCUCAUGUACCUCCACAGUUUCUUUGUCAAAUUAGCUGUGCAGUAUUUUGUAAAGCAGAAAGUCGUGUUCUCCUGUGCUCCUUUGCAGGGAAAUGAGAACUUCUGAUUGUCAGUUAUACAACAUAUGUGUUUUGUUUUGUUUCGUUCAGUUGUCGAUGUUCGCCUGUGUAACUAUAUAGUCACGGUCUGUGUAGUGUUUGUUACAUUAUAACUGAUCUUCUGUUACUUUAAGUGUUAAUUUUCUGUUUGAUUUGUAUGGAAGGAGGCAGAGAGGCGGUGUGUGUGGUGACGGAGGCAGAUGGGAAGUUUUUGUGUUUUGUUCCAACCCAUCAGAAACACACAGGACUGAAUCCCCCCCCUCGGGACACACAGGCACCCCGGACUGAAAGUUAUUAGGAAACCAGAGUGAAGCAACCACGGUGCAAAUGAACGGUUUAAAUGACUCUAUCACAAUAUGAAGUUCAAACAAUUUCUUGUUCAGUUUUAUAUUUUAGCCACCAAAGAUUAAAAAAAAAUAGUUCUGUAUAAAUAAACUUGAAAUUGUUUAGUUUUAAGAAACAUUGAAAGUUGUAAAGAUAAAUUAUUAAAGAUGUUUUUUUGUUUUUAAUUUGGUUACUGAGCUGAAUAUCAGUAGCUUUGCAUAAAUAAAACAUGAAACCCUAAACAGAAGAUGCUAAUAAAGAAAAAAAAAGAUUUCUGGAGGUAAAAUAGGAUCGUCAUCAGUGUGUGUUUCACAGCUCUAAUGUUUGAGGUGACUGGAGAAUGUUAUCUACCUCAAGGUGUCACUGAGGCUCGGCUGAAGAAAUAAAAACCUGUUCAAUCACAUCUCUCUUUCAGAACUGAUGUUACAUAUGGAUUCAUGAAAGGAAAAAUAAAAGCUCUGCGAUGUGAGAGGACUGGCAGAAUAGUAUGUGUGUGGGUGGGUGAGUGUGUGUAUGAGUGUGAGGUGAAGCUGUUUGUGUUUCUGCUGUUGUCCGCCUCAGCUGGCAGGUCUCACAGGCUGGAACAGGAAGUCACUUGUGGGCGCACAUGUAGAGGAAGGUAGCCCUGUAAAUUGUAUUUGUGCCUCUGAGUAAUUAUUAAAAGUGCUGAAAUAAA